AUGAAACAAUACGACGUUAUAGUAGUCGGAGCAGGUGUAGUUGGUCCAACUAUUGCUACCGCAUUAGCCAGACAAGGUAGAAAAGUAUUGAUUCUAGAAAGAGAUUGGUCAAAGCCAGAUAGAAUCGUUGGUGAAUUAAUGCAACCAGGUGGCGUUAAGGCACUUAAAGAAUUAGGUAUGGUUCAAGCUAUAAAUAAUAUUGAAGCAAUUGAUUGUACUGGUUAUUUUAUCAAAUAUUAUGAUGAAGAAGUAGUAAUUGAAUAUCCUUUGAAAGAAACUGCAAAUACCACUAAUCCAGUAGUACCUAUUUGGGAUGUUGUUGAUGAAAAGAAUGAUAAGUUACUUCCUGAUUCUACGAUUGAUACCCGUGUUUGGGAUGAAGAUGAACAUGUUAGAGGUGUUGGUUUCCAUCAUGGUGACUUUCUUAUGAAUUUAAGAAAGAUAUGUAGAGACGAACCAAAUAUUGACUGGGUUGAAGCUACUGUUACUAAGAUUCUUCGUGAUCCUGAAGAUCAAAGUAUUGUAACUGGGGUUAAGGCAAAACAAGGAGAUGAAACUUUUGAAUAUAGUGCAAAAUUAACCAUAUGUUGUGAUGGUAUCUAUUCUAAAUUUAGAAAAGAACUAAGUCCUGCUAAUGUUCCUACAAUUGGAUCUUAUUUUGUUGGAUUACAUUUGAAGAAUGCCAAAUUACCAGCUAAUAAUAAGGGACAUGUCUUAUUAGGUGAUCAUGCACCAGUUUUAAUGUAUCAAAUUUCUCCAGGAGAGACUAGAAUGUUAUGUGCCUAUAGAUCAUUGAAGGCACCUUCUGCUGCCAAGAAUGAAGUUUAUGAUUAUUUAGCAAAAUAUGUCUUACCAGUGGUACCUAAAGAAACUUUACCAUCGUUUAAAGAAGCUCUUGAAAGUAAGAAGUUCAGAAUAAUGCCAAAUCAAUAUCUUUCCGCUAUGAAACAAGGUAAAGCUGAUCAUCAAGGGUUUAUCUUAUUGGGAGAUUCAUUGAAUAUGAGACAUCCAUUAACUGGGGGUGGUAUGACUGUGGGAUUGAAUGACAGUGUAUUAUUAGCUAAAUUAUUACAUCCAAGAUUUGUUGAAGAUUUAGGAGAUCAUCAAUUAAUUUCAAAAAGAUUGAAUAAAUUCCAUAGAAAGAGAAAGAAUUUAGAUGCAGUUAUUAAUACUUUAUCAAUUGCUUUAUAUUCAUUAUUUGCAGCUGAUAAACAUUCUCUUAAGAUUUUACAAUUAGGAUGUUUUAGAUAUUUCCAACGUGGUGGAUCAUGUGUUAGUGGACCAAUUGGAUUAUUAAGUGGUAUGUUACCAUUCCCAAUGUUAUUAUUCAAUCAUUUCUUUAGUGUUGCUUUUUACUCAAUCUAUCUCAAUUUUAUUAAUCGUGGUCCAUUGGGAUUCCCAUUGGCUUUAUUUGAAGCUUUUGAAGUUUUAUUCACUGCAAUUGUUAUUUUCACACCUUACUUAUGGAAUGAAUUAGUUUAA